GCUUGUUUUGUUUGUUUCUUCUUUUUCGAAUUUUAUUAAUUAACCAAAGCAUGUGGUGAUCACCCGCGUGUACCGUUAUUAACAUUCUCCUGUUUUCUUAAUUACUAAAUAACGUUCCGCUAACAAGGAAGUCCUAAUUCUUUUUAUUUUCGCCGGUAUAAUACAAACAUUACAUAAUGGACACCAGUUCCUUGCAUGAAUCCCAGCUAAUUGGUAUUGGCAACCCUCUCUUGGACAUUUCGGCCACAGUUGACGAGGAACUCCUCAAGAAGUAUGACAUGCACCCUGAUGAUGCAAUUAUGGCAGAGCCAAAGCAUAUGCCAUUGUAUAAAGAACUGGUUGAAAGAUAUAAAGCUGAAUUUAUCGCCGGCGGCAGUGCACAGAAUACGUUGCGUGUGGCCCAAUGGAUUCUGAAGAAGCCUAACGUUUGCACGUACUUCGGCUGUGUAGGGGAUGAUGACUACGCCACUAUCCUGAGGGAAAGAGCCAUUGCAGAUGGUGUAACAGUCCGGUACCAGGUGACGAGUGAAGAGCCGACUGGAACGUGUGCGGUGCUGGUCACUGGGACACACAGGUCCCUGUGCGCCAACUUGGCGGCUGCGCAGAAGUUCACCGCAGACCACCUAUCAAAACCUGACUGCAGGAAGAGUAUCGAGGCAGCCCGCAUCUUUUACGCUACAGGCUUCUUCGUGGCAGUAUCCCCGGAGUCGAUGCAACAGUUGGCGACUCACGCGCACACAAACAAACUCACAUUCAUCAUGAAUCUCAGCGCGCCGUUCGUGUCGCAAUUCUUCAAGGAGCCCCUCGAGAAGCUGCUGCCGUACGUCGACGUGCUAUUUGGAAAUGAAUCGGAAGCGGACGCUUUCGCCAAAGCGUUCAAUAUUAACGAAACCAGUCUAGAAGAGAUCGCGUUGCACAUAGCGGCUGCUCCAAAACUGAACAAGGAUAGAGAGCGAGUCGUGGUCGUCACCCAGGGUAAGGAUCCUGUCAUACUAGUAGAGAAAGGUAGAGUCAACCUAAUACCAGUUAGUGUACUCUCCAGGGAUCAGAUAGUGGAUACAAACGGCGCCGGAGACGCCUUCACAGGCGGGUUCCUAAGCCAGAUGGUGUUGGGGAAACCGUUUACGACCUGUGUUAAGUGCGGCAUAUACGCCGCAACUCAUAUAAUACAGCAUUCAGGGUGCACAUUUAGUGGCGAGAGUGAUUUUAGAGAUAGCUAAGUUGAGUGUUGACAUCGACAAUAAUGUAAGGGUAUCGGAUUCGAUUAGUUCACAUAGAAAGGCAAAAUUGACAUAUAUCAAAUCAAAUUUA